GCAAUACACACAACAUAAUCUGCAUCUGUGGGGAAAGCUCAAAUUCAGCAAGAAAAGACAUGCUGUGGAAUUUUAUUCCUGUGCCUGCUUUCCAUUGCUCGAACAAGUUGAGAAACUUGUUGAAUAGCACAAAGGAAGGAAGGCCAGCAUCGUGCUGAGACAAGGAAGUCAGUUCCCCAAAGAGCUUCAGUGCUGUUACUUGCGUACAACUCUGCAAAAUGAUUUAUCUGCUUUGCCACGGGAAAGAUCAGCUUCUACAGCCAGGUUGGCGACAUGCAGAGGAGUGAGAAUGUGGCUUCAAUUGAGUUCAAGGAGGUGGCAGGCUUUUGUGUACCAGGAAGAAGAAAAGAACUCUUUGCUGAGGACUAGCGGUAUGGUGGCUUCCACAAUCAAUUCUGCUAUUAAGUUUUCGAAGAAAAGCUGAAUGUACGUGAAAGCAUCCAAAGUCCAGGUGCAUCUACAAGCCCUCUGACAAUUAUACUGUGGUUACAGCGACAUACAAGGUGAUACAGCUUUACUAAAGGAAACCCAAGUUGUAAAGAUAAACUUUCAUAAAGAUGGUAAGCUCUAACUGUUCCACUGAAGACUCCUUCAAGUACACUUUAUAUGGCUGUAUGUUCAGUAUGGUAUUUGUCCUUGGUUUACUGUCAAAUUGCGUUGCUGUAUACAUUUUUACCUGUGCUUUAAAAGUGCGAAACGAAACGACAACUUACAUGCUUAAUUUAGCAAUAUCAGAUCUACUGUUUGUGUUCACAUUACCCUUCAGAAUUUAUUAUUUUACAACAAAAGACUGGCCCUUUGGAGAUGUCCUCUGCAAGAUUUCGGUCAUGCUGUUCUAUAUAAACAUGUAUGGGAGCAUUUUCUUUUUGACCAGCAUAAGCUUUGAUCGCUUUUUAGCUAUUGUGUACCCAUUUCAGUCUAAAACUGUUCGGACUAAGCGAAAUGCAAAGAUUGUUUGCGCUGCAAUUUGGAUCGUUGUAAUAGCGGGAAGUGUGCCAGGAAGCUUCUUUCAAUCUAUCAAUGCUCGGGUCAGCACAGAAGGAUUGAACCAAAAUACGUGCUUUGAAAACUUUUCUGAAGAGACUUGGAAAACCUAUCUUUCAAGGAUUGUCAUCUUCAUUGAAAUUGUAGGAUUCUUCAUUCCACUGAUUUUGAAUGUGACUUGCUCUACAAUGGUUUUAAGGACUUUGAACAAGCCAAUUACAUUAAGUCGGAGUAAAUUUAACAAAAAGAAAGUACUCAGAAUGAUUUUUGUCCAUUUGGUGAUAUUCUGCCUCUGUUUUGUGCCUUAUAACGUAACUUUAAUACUUUAUUCUCUCAUGAGAACACAAACAUGGAUUAACUGUUCAGUUGUUACUGCCAUCAGGACUAUGUACCCAGUUACACUGUGUAUCGCAAUUUCAAACUGUUGUUUUGAUCCUAUAAUUUACUACUUCACUUCAGAAACUAUUCAAAGUUCAAUAAAAAUUAAGAACUGGUCAACUAGAAGACAUGAUUAUAGACUAUCUGAAACAAAAGUUUCUGACACAUUCAUCCAACAUGGACUCCAGACCUUAAAAGCAAAAAUUUUUGACAAUGAAUCUACCAUAUAAAAGAAGUUGGAACUGGAAAAGUAAAGCAUUUCCUAAGCAUUUGGCAGAAACACCUUACAACCACACAAGUACAGAAUGGGCUGGAGGUGCAGAAGAAAAGAACAAGAGAGACAGCAGAGGAAGGAUCUUGUCACAAUCUCUAAACAUGGACUAUUGUUAUGAAACAUGACAGAUGGAACACACUGUAUUUCUUAUACAGACCACUUUUUGAUGAAUGGACACACCAGUUUCUGGACUAUUAUCUUCAUUUUUAAAAGAUUAAAUUCUUACUGUAGGGU